UCUGUGCGCAUGCGCGGAAGGGGGCGGGGCAGGCACACGUGACCCCCGGUGUGGCGACCCCUCGGUCCCGGUGCCCCGGAGCCCCCCCAGCCCCGGCGAUGUUGGAGCGGGGAUUCGGGCGCGUUAUUGCGGGGUUAUUGGUGCAGCCUGGGAGAUCCGGGCAGUGAGAGCCGCCGAAAGGCGCCAGGCCACACCGCCCUGUCCCUUGGCCUCGGCGGGGGCACGGAGCGGGGCGUUGGGUCUCCCCCUCAGUGCAGAGGCCAUGAAGAUCAACCAGGACACGGUGCUGCGGGGAAAGAAGGUGACGCUGGUGCCCUACACCGCUGCACACGUGCCCCGGUACCACGAGUGGAUGCAGUCGCAGGAGCUACAGCGCCUGACAGCCUCGGAGCCCCUCAGCCUGGAGCAGGAGCACGAAAUGCAGCGCAGCUGGCGGGAGGACGCCGACAAGUGCACCUUCAUCGUGCUGGACUCGGGGCGCUGGCCUGGGCAGGCAGAGGAGGACUCCAUGGUGGGGGAUGUGAAUCUCUUCCUCACCAACGCCGAGGACCCCACUGUGGGCGAGAUUGAAAUCAUGAUUGCAGAGCCCAGCUGCCGUGGCAGAGGGUUUGGCAAGGAGGCAACUCUGCUGAUGAUGGCCUAUGGAGUGAGAAAACUUGGGAUCACCAAGUUUGAGGCGAAGAUUGGUCAGGAAAAUGAAGCCAGUAUCUGCAUGUUCAAAAAGCUUCACUUUGAGGAGGUUGCUGUGAACAGCGUUUUCCAGGAGGUGACGCUGAGGCUGGAUGUCACUGACCAGGAGAGACAGUGGCUGCUGGAGCAGACAAACCACAUGGAGGAGAAUAGCUACGCUGAGCUGAAGCAGCCAGCUGGGGUGCUGCACUCCUGACAGACAUCUCCAGACACUGCCUGGGCUUCCACGGAGAAGCUGAAGGUUGUUGCAAGGUCUGGGUGUGGAAGACACCAGUGAGGCAACACUGGAACUGUUUUCAUCUGUCUCCUUCAGCUGCUUUGUCAUCUUGUCAGCUUUGCACUUUGCUCUGCCCACCAGGAUUACUGCCUGAAAUCUGGACCUGGGGAACAGCCACUAACUCACAGGUUUGGUUAGGAAUGACUAACUUUGAUGUGCUGUUCCAACAGAGCCUGAAAUCACCAGCAGUUUGUUCCUGGACAAGCAGAAACUUCUCCCACUGCUCUUAAAUCAGGAUUCAUCAGCGAGGAGGUUUCAUAUACUGGCAGCUCAGUGGUUUUUACUCUUCAAUAAAAAAAAAAAAAUCACAAAGAUCUGAGGUGCCUGAGCACUACUUGGGGCUCAGCAGCUCUUUUUGGCAGCUCAAAGAGUGGUUUAGAAGUUGUCAAGGACAGCAGAAACUCUUUAAACCCAGUGUCCUGGGGUCUGGUAGGUUGCAGGGGGGCACUGCUGGGCCCUGGCAGGGAGAAGCCCAGAUGUGGGUGAGCACAAAAAAGGGCAAGUUAAUGUGAUGGAAAUUGUUGAUAUUGGCUGAUCCAGACUAGAGCUGAGCCCCACCACAAUGAGGGGGCUGAGAGUUGCAAGAGGCUUCUGAGACAAACCCCCUUCAGCUUCAGUGCUGUGCUCCAGAUCUGGAAACCUCAGGGCAGCAGGGAUGUUGCACUUCAUUUUCCAUGGCUGCUUUGAUGAAAGCAAGGAGGAGAACACACUGAAAGGAGACAGCUCCCUUCUUCCACCAACUCAGGACUUGCGCUGCUGAGCCUGGAGGCUCCAUUUGCUGCUCCCCACUAGGAUAAAGAUGAAUUGGGGGAAAUACCUCUUACUGGGGGGCAGGUAUAUUUAGGGCAGGAGUUAUGCAGCCUCUGCUGCUCUAGAUCUGAGAUCCAUGGAUGAAUAAGAGGCACUUGCCUGACUCCCACUGGACAAACUUCCCUGUGCAGUCACUCAGCCUGGCCUCUCCUGCCCUACACACGCUGUCCACAGCAGGGAAGUUGCUAAGAGGAGAGGACAGAAGGUAAGAAGGAUAACUCAUGCUCCUCUGUAUUUUCCUACUACAAUAGCAGCUGUAAUGGCUAAUCCUAGACCACAAACUACCUGUUUCAGUAAUGGAGGAUCAGGUAAUAACUUUCCUGUUUGCCCAGGGAUGUUUUGGAGAUUGGCAGGCUGUGGAAUUUUUAGUGUUACUGUGCCUGUAUUUUUAGGGCCUAGGGGCUUUAGUUUUCCAAUUUUAGCUAAUUUAAAUACACGGUUCCUGUGACUAAUAUUAAAGCCAAGUGUGGGAACAGUGUAUCACAGCAUUUUAAACAAGUAUUUAGUGUGGAUUUAGUUGUAGUGAAAGCUUUGUGUGGUAAUAAAGUGAAGAGCAGCUCUGUUUCCCACUGGGAUUACCAUGACAAGGGCUACUAAUCCUCCUCCUCCUCCUCGUCACCUGCUGCAGGCAGAAAUGGAUUCUGUCCUCCAGAAGAAGAUUUGCAGAACCUGCUGGGUGAACUGCUGGCUCUGCUGCUCCUUCUUUGGAGCGUCUCAGCCCUCUGCCAGAGCAGCAAGGCCAAACCGGCAGGAGAGAUGUAAGCUGGGCUGGGAUUUGCUCCCCUAAAACCCAACCAAGGUGGGAAAAAGACUUUAUUUUAACCUCUGCCGCCGGGGGAAGGGGCAGGGUGCUCUGCUGCAGCUCCCUGUGCCCAGCUGGUUGCUCUGGAGCCACUGAGGGCCCUGCUUGGCAUCCCCGGUCCCCAGCAACGGCGGCGCUGCCCCGGCUCCACAGGCGGCUGGGAACAGCCUUUCCCUGGCAACCCCAAACAAAGUUGGGUCUGUCCCUGAGCUCAGCCCACCCCAAAGGCUGGGGGAGAGUCCCAGCAGGGCUCAGACAGGGUUCCCACAGGGAACCAGUGCCCAGCUGCUCUGACCAGGCCGAGAGGCAAAAGAUUCUGCUGGGACCCACUGGGUGCCCGCACUCCUGCAGCAUCCAUCCCAGGUAGGGGUGUCCUGCUUCCCCAAUGGGAUGAGGAUGAGAAAACAGGGGAUAAGAGCUCACCUUCCCUCAAAGGACAUGUAUUUGGAGGAUGAGAGAGGUUGGAAUGGGCUCCCCCAGCUUCCAGGAGGAAGUGACAGCCUGCACAUCCCCUAGAAAUCUGGUGACACUUUGUCACGUGGAUCAUUUAAGGUGCAAAGAUCUGUGACCGUGUGUGCUUAGGGGGAAGAGCUUCUUCGCAGAUUUGGAGCACAACACAAGAGUGUGCAGAAGGGGAGGAAGUGAAGAUAACAGGCCAGGCACAGCCCUGCCUUGUCCCACUGUGCCACCAGUCUGUCUGCAGUGAGGCACCCAGGGCUACAUCCAUUCAUUCAGAGGCACAAACAGCCCUCUCCCUUUCCUCACCAAUCCCCCCUGCCUCCCCUCAACCCAGGCUCAUCCCAAAAACCCCCAUAGGGGCUGGGGGCACAUUUGGGCUGCCCCCAACAGUGCUGCUGCCCUCCAGCCUGGCUGACAGACCCAGAUUAGAGCUUUGCAUCAUCACCCCCUCCCACCCCUCCCUUGAACUCCCCAGGGGAUUAAAGCUCAUUAAUCACCCCUAGGCAUUAACCCCCACUGGGAGCAGCCGGUG